AUGAGCUCAGCUCGGAGGGUUAGUCUUACUGGGUCUGGCCAUUCAGAAUUUCUGGCAGUCACCGCUGGCCCCAACUGCCCAGGUGCAAUCAGUCAUGUGGUUGGCCGCUCAGAAAUGUCUCUCCAGUUACAGCUAAACAACACAGUGACAAACAUUUACACUGUUUUCUUGAAGAAGCAGCUGCCCAAACAACUGCAAUAUUCUGAAAUACUGGUAUGGAGGAAUGAUUCCAAUCUGAGUUCUGAACCUUUAACUUCAGAUCUCUUCAAAAAUAGACUCACUUAUACGAUCAAAAACUUUACUCUUCUCAUCAAGGCGGCUCAGCAGGAGGACAGUGGCUGUUACUGUCUGGAAGUCACUGAACAUAGUGGACACCUUUGGAAAACCAAAUUUAAUGUUUCUGUAUUUGAUCCAGUUGAGAAACCUCGCCUGCAGGGGCAGGGGAGGGGCCUGGACAGAGGGAGAUGCCAAGUGUCUCUGUCCUGCGUGGUCUCCAGAAACGACAAUGUGACCUAUGCUUGGUACAGAGGGACAGAGCUGAUCCAGAAAGCACAGAACCUCACUAACCUGAAGGAGGAGAUUGAUGCCAAUGGCAUGUACAUAUAUGCCUGCAAUGUCAGCAACCCCAUCAGCUGGGAACAACAGACCCUGAACCUCACUCAGGACUGUCAGAAUGCCCACCGGGAAUUCAGAUUUUGGCCCUUCUUGGUGACCAUCGUGAUCCUAGUCACAUUGCUUCUCGGCGCCCUCACUUGCUUCUACAUGUGGAGGAGGAAGAGGAAGCAGUCACAGACCAGCCCCAAGGAGUCUCUGACAGUUUAUGAAGAUAUCAAGGAUCUGAAAACCAGGAACAAUCAAGAGAGGGAGCAGAAUCCUCCUGGAGAAGGGAGCACCAUCUACUCAGUGAUUCAGUCUCAGUCUCCUGUUUCCACAUCACGUGAAACCUCAAAUACGUUAUAUGCGUUCAUACAGCCUUCCGGGAAGUCUGGAUCCAAGCAGAAGCACCACAGCCCUUCCUUCGCCUGCACCAUCUAUGAGGAGGUUGGAAAUACACGAUCCAAAGCCCAGAACCCCACUGGACUGAGCCGCAAAGAGCUGGAAAGCUUUUAUGUUUACUCCUAG